GGUGACGUCACGGGGCUGCGGCGCGUGCGGCACUGGCGCUCUCUACGCUGAGGUCGCGACCAGUGGGAGAGAGGGAAGCUCGGCGAAAGUCUUUCAACGAAACCUUAUACAGCGGCAUUAAUGUUUUAAUAGAACCAGGUCGUCCGCACCGUCCAGCGCCGCAGGCCGCGGCCGAACCCCCGGUAGAAGUGUUCGACUAUCCGCGGAAGUGGUUUGGGCUUGAAAAGUUGUGUUUGGGUGAACUUGUCCCGAGUUGUUGUGGCGGAUGCUAGCGACGGCUGACCGCGAAAAUGCCGCCGCCGCGUCCGUUUCCUCGGCUCUGACCCAGCUCCGCGUUCUCCAGAGGAAGGGAGGAAGACAACGGGGAAUAAGAAAGGUAAUAUAGAAAUAUAGAAAUAAACAGAAAGAGGAGAAAUGGCCGAGGCUCGGUCUGAAGAGGAGGAGGAAAACAUGAUGAGAGACACCAGGGAACAAGUGGUCCGACGGCCGCCGAACAGAGAUCGUCCUGACAGACGUAAGCCAGAGCAACGUCACAGCCAAGGUCCUCUCUCCUCGAUCAGAGCAGUCAUCAAGAGAACCUCUAACAGGUCAACUUCUCAGUCUGAGACAUCCAGAGACAGAGAUAGAGAGAGAGAAAGGGAGAGAGACAGAGACAGAAGACGACCGGAGAUCACCAUCCUGUCUGCAGAGCCUCUGCCCUCUACAGCCUGGUUUCCUGGAGCAUCUGCAGGAAUCCCACCUCCCCCUCCUCCUGCUGCACAGAUCUGGGGAGCCACAAUCCCUCCUGCCAUACAGCCUCCUCCUUCCUAUGAGGAGGUGAUCAAAGAGAAGAGGCAGGAGCAAGCUUCUCUUCCCUCAUUAGCCCCAUCCUCUUCCUCAUCCCAUCCAGGUUCUACCAUAACAAUUGCCACCCAAACAGACCCAGGAAGUGACCCAGGUCGUCUAAAUUCACAAGUGGGACGACCAGUGAGACCAUCACGGCCGCCUCUGCCUUGCCCUCCCAGAUCAUCUCAUGUUGAUAACAACAGCAGCAUCGCCAGCCAGUUGACCCUCACGCCCAGUGACACCAACAGCGUGGUACCAGACACACCCCUUGAGACGGUCACUAACCCCUCUGCACACACACAAUGCUGUGACCCCCUCAAUGACCUUUGUUUACCUUUGACUUCAAAAUGUGCUCAGACUGAGCAGUUGGCUCCUGUUUGUGUGGAAGCUCCUUCUACAACUUCAUCUGAUGUUGUAUUGGAGCGGCCAAGGCCACGCCCUCGUUCUAAGCUUGGUAUUCAGCGAAUGAGCAACGAGGUCAAAGUUCAGACUUUGGUGAAAUUGCGUGAGGAUGGUUUAGCUACACUAGCAGCCCGUGCAGCAGGUGACACGACAAACCAAGAAGCGAAUCAGGGGAAGUACCUGCAUGAACUACUCGAAGCCUUCAGCUCAGACGACUGGGGCUUCCCUGAGCAGCACAGUGACGGCAGUGAGAACAGCCAAUCAGAGAGUGAGGAAGACGAGGAGGACAUGGCAGCUCUAAAAGCAAGGAUACAAGCCUUUGAGCAGCAGCAGCAGCAGCCGGUGGCUGAUGGGAACAGUGAUAAAGAAUUAUCAGUCACAAAGAGGCCUGAACCACGUCCUCGUCCUCGCCUUCAUCCCACUAAAUCUGCUCCGCCCAGCAUCGCCCCAAAACCCCAAACCUUUUCUCCUACCCCCAAACCAUCCAGCCAGGUGUGGGAAGAUAGAGCCCUGACCUCUGACCCUGGUGUCACUGAGACAUUGAAAACAACUGAAACCGCGUAUAUAGGUGUAGAUCCUGCUGCAGAAACAUCAGCCUCUUCUGCCCUAAAAGAAGCUACUGCUCCAGUACCAGAACCCGGCAAAUCUAAUGAAAAACCCGCUGUAGCACCAAAGCCCCAGUCUGUAGAAACCAUCCCUUCUAGUUCCCCUGCUCCUGUCCCAGCACCCCGGCCUCCACCACCCAAGCUUACUCCGACUUCCUCCACUGUCAACCCCAAACCUCCACCUAGACCAACAGUUGCCCCCAGGGUCAGCGUGGGGUCACCACACCAGGAUAAGGGUGCAGCAGCAGAGCAACCUGGCCCCACUCUGCCCCCAAGACCCUCAAUGGAGGUCAGCAGAGGUGGAAGUAAUGAGGUGCAGGACAAGGCAACCAGCACUGUGAAAAGUGGAAGUGGUCGUCCACUCAUUCUGAACAAGCCGACAGUGCUGUCCUCACCACGCAGAGUUAGCGCUCCAGCUCUGAGCCCCAAACCCACUGGAGCUCCACCUGCGCCUCCAGACCCGAACCCAGUCCCAAACAAACCUGCAGCUUUUGCCCAAGUCACAGCCUCUAAACCUUCAGGACCAGUUGUUGCUCUAGACCCAGGCAUCAAACCUGUAACUCCAGCGUGUGGUCCUGCUCCAGCUUUAAGGAAAGGUCCUGUGAUUCAGACCAAACCUGAAGCCACAAACCCGGUGAACGCCACAGAGCCACCGCUUCCUCCUCGGCCUUCAAGUGGGAAAUUCCUCCCACUUCGUCCUCCACCAAUUAAGUCCAUCCCUGGACGACCACCGCCUCCAGCCUUUAACUCCACUUCAAGCCCAGUUUGUCCUGCUUCCAAAGGCAGCCCUCCAACCUCGACUUCUCCAGCCAGUCAGCCUUCACAGACCAGGUCAUCUUCACCUUCAUCAACUAAGCAAAAUCAGAAGGCACCAAAGAAGGGCCCCCCACUGCCCCCACGCCCUAAACCUGGACACCCGCUUUACACCAGCUACGCAAAACAGGAAGUCCUGAUCGUUCUGGAUGACCCCACCCUGGAGCCAUCAGAGCAAACAUCAGAUGAAGGAAAGAGUCAAAGCACUGUCACUCCACUCAUCAGUCAAUCACAGUGUCUUCUGGACCUGGACAUCCAGCCAGUGCCUCUGCCCAGUCCAGACAGCCCAUCCAAACCUGCCUUGGAGGAUCUCAACCUGUCAGACUCCCAGUCCAUCCUGCCUGUUGACUCAGCUGAGCAGAAAGAACAGCCAGACUGCCCUACUGUCAGUGGUCCUCGGUGUGAGGCCCUGUUUGACUAUGAGGGGGAGGAGGAUGACGAGCUCACCUUCUCCCAGGGCGAUGUCAUUGCACUUCUUGAGCACAUCAGUGAAGAGUGGGGGCGGGGUGAGAUCCAUGGUCAAAUCGGAAUAUUUCCUCUGAACUUCACCAAAGUGGUGGAGAGACUCCCACAGCCUGUGUCAUCACCGGAGGAAACAACAGAAAGCACAUCUGCUAGUACAGAGCUGGUAGAAGGUUCCGCACCAAAGACAAUGGAGCAGCCAGUCUCAGAGACAGAAGAGUGGGUGGUUGCCCUGUUCGACUUCACUGGACAGACUACAGAGGAUCUGUCUUUCCACAAGGGGGCGGUGAUCCAUGUGUUAGAGCACAUCGAUGCAGAGUGGAGGAGAGGAAGGCUGGAGGGUAGAGAGGGCCUUUACCCCGUUGCCUUCACUCAGCCCUGCUCAGUUCAGCCAGUUCCCCACCAGCAGCCACUGGGAAUGGCAAAGGCUCUGUUUGACUUCACAGCAGAGAGUGAUGAUGAGCUCACACUAAAGGUUGGGGACAUCAUAACACAGGUGGAGCCGAUGGAUGAGCAGUGGGUUUUAGGAGCUGUGGGCGGGAAGCACGGGAUUAUACCGAAGAGCUACAUUUCACUUCUCUGAUGAUUCCAGCCAUACUGUGUAAAGUUUGGGGGGUUGAACCUACACCCUCCCUCAUCUGUCAAGACUAGUGUUUUUCUGGGCUGUCUGAGUUCUCAGCGCAUAUGGAGCCACGUGCAUCCAACAUAUUGGAGGUCCGGAGUUUCAGUGUUUUUUCAAAAACUGAACAUUUACGUUUUUUAGGCACAAAUGCCUGGUUGCCUUUUUAAAUGUGUGUUUUGCUGACUAAAUUGAAAACUCAAGAACACAAGACUUUGCCUCACUUACUGUUGUCAUGAUGACUAAGAAUGGGAUGGACCAGUUGCCUUAAGGACUUUUCCCCCUCCAUCUUCUGCUGGACUCUGGCACAUUUUCAUGAGAAGUUGGUUUAACUUUUGUGGGGGCUAUUCUGCUUUAGACUAGUGAAACGUUCUAAUUGAUCUCUAUGAUAGGAAUAAGGGGAAAUUGCUGGAUUCCUGCAUCCUAGAGCCACAUUUAGUUCACAUUUAGUAGCUGGUUGCUGUUUUUUUUAACACAUCUGUUGUGUCAGGCUUGUGAAAAGCCAGAGCUCACAGGUUCAGAGAUGAGAACACGUUUCAGCUAAUGCCGUUAAAACUACAUUUAUGUUUCACCAGAAGGUUAUUCUCACCAGGUUAUUCCCACCGUGAGCCAGAGGAGAUUAGAACGCUGAAUAAUGUGGAGCUUUAAGAUGGAUGACUGCCAGGUCACACGGCUUAGUAGUUGCUCUGUCCACAGAGAGGCUGAAGGCAGUGAGUGUGAGGUGAGUGGAUGCAGGGUCUUCACUGUCCAGAUGGCUUGGUGCCACCGGUGUGAAGCAAAGGGCUGUUUUUUUAAACACUAAGAAAUGAUCCAAGACUUAAAACCCCCUGAAACAAACCCCAUAGGACAUUGUUUCAUUCUGUGAUGCUGUUGCUACACGUUGUCGUACUGUACAUUUUUUUGCAUGUUUCUUGCUGAUCAGGUUCAUUCCAUUAUUUUCUGUGGGCUUCUAAUUUACUUAACAAAUGUCACUGCUAGGUUUCAUCCCUAAUCUACAAAUGAAUUACCAGUUACCUACGUCAUGUGUCAUUCUCUAAAUGCUUUCAGCAACAACUAAAGGGCAGCUCACUAAGCUAAUGACACAUAAUGACUAGUAAUGGAGCUCAAAAUACACUACAAAUCUACACGGCUUAUUGGGCCAGAAGCUUCUGGGUUCAAAGCCGGGUCUAGACGUUUACCAAUGCAUUCAAGCUUCAUUCUACUGAACCUGCGUCUUUUAAUCAAAUGCCCCUGUUGCCGUUCAGACAUUGGUCGUUUACACCUAAAGUUUAAAUUAAAUGUGUUGUUACUGGAGCAUCACUCCCGUCCAUCGUCAUUAUGCCGCCGUCUGUCAUAUUAAAAACAUUAAAGAUUGUUUUUUAUUGCAGCCAGAUGACUGUGAAUGAAUGAGUGUGACAGUAGAAUCCGUGUGAUACCUUGAUCAGUUUCACAUUGCCUUGUGAAAUCAGUGGAGUUCUGAGGGUAACGCAGUGGAUCGCACUUUGUUCAUCAAUGGUGAACCUGAAUGCAAGAUGUUUGGAGGUUGUCAAAUUGAUUAUUGAAGUCAUUGGCGGUAAAUCUGUAAAGAUUUCUCAUUUUUUAGUAUGUGCACUUUAAAAUAACAGAUGGGAGUUUACCUUUUCAUGUAAAUGUUUCAUGAUCAGACAUCACAUGGAAUUUGGUGGCAGCCUGUCAGAGAAAAGUUUCAUGUGGCAAUAUUAACCAUCAGAGGGUAAAGUAAUGGCCCUAACACUCAUUUGUGAGCAAGUUUGAGUUAGUGUGUGUGUGAGAGAGAGAAUUACAAAGAAACUGGCACAAUUCACAGAUUUGUAAUAGGUAUUUUAUGUAUAACCACACAUUCCAAAGUUUUCAUGCAAAUAAAAUUUAAAACCUUU